AUGGCCACCAACGGGACCAAAGCCACAGACGGACACGUCUUAACGGAGACUGUCAACGACGCGCCAACCACCACGCCAAACGACAAACCCAAAACCUUGGUGGUGAAAGUGCAGACGACGAAAAAGGAGAUACCCGAGAGAGAAACGUGGGGUGGCAAAUUUGACUUUCUUCUCUCUUGUGUCGGAUACGCAAUCGGACUCGGAAAUGUCUGGAGAUUUCCUUAUUUAUGUGGGAAAAACGGAGGAGGGGCCUUCUUGAUUCCCUACUUUUUGACCCUCAUAUUUGCUGGCAUGCCCCUGUUCUUUCUGGAGACGGCUCUUGGUCAGUACACUUCUAUUGGAGGGCUUGGAGUGUGGAAACUGGCUCCAGUGUUCAAAGGUGUGGGUCUGGCUGCUGCUGUUCUGUCCUUCUGGCUCAAUAUCUAUUACAUUGUAAUCAUUUCCUGGGCUCUUUACUAUCUGUACAAUUCCUUCACUGCUGAUCUGCCAUGGCAGAGUUGUGGCAAUCCCUGGAACACAGACCGCUGUUACACCAACUACAGCAUUGUAGACACCAGAAACCUAACCAGCGCUGUGCAGGAGUUCUGGGAACGUAACAUGCACCAGCUGACUGAUGGUCUGGAGAAGCCUGGGGAGGUCAGGAUCCCACUGGCUAUUACGCUCGCAAUUGCAUGGGUGCUGGUCUAUUUCUGCAUCUGGAAGGGGGUCGGCUGGACUGGAAAAGUGGUGUACUUCUCAGCCACAUACCCUUACUUCAUGCUGUUCAUCCUGUUUUGCCGUGGCAUCACUCUACCCGGUGCCUUUGAUGGAAUCCUCUUCUAUAUCACACCUGACUUUGAAAAACUUAAGCAAUCUGAGGUGUGGCUGGACGCUGCCACUCAGAUCUUCUUUUCCUAUGGACUGGGAUUAGGCUCUCUGAUUGCUCUUGGCAGUUACAAUCCCUUCAAUAACAACGUAUACAGAGAUUCUGUCAUUGUCUGCUGCAUCAACUCCUUCACCAGCAUGUUUGCUGGCUUUGUCAUUUUCUCCAUCGUGGGAUUCAUGUCCAAUGUAACAAAGAGACCCAUCGCUGAUGUGGCAGCCUCAGGACCUGGCCUUGCAUUUUUGGCUUAUCCUGAGGCCGUCACUCAGUUGCCCAUCUCUCCUCUCUGGGCCAUCCUCUUUUUCUCCAUGCUGCUGAUGUUGGGAAUCGACAGCCAGUUCUGCACUGUGGAAGGCUUCAUCACUGCGCUGGUCGAUGAAUUCCCUCAUGUGCUCCGAAAACGCAGAGAGAUCUUCAUUGCGGGCGUUUGCCUUGUUUCUUACAUCAUUGGACUGUCCAACAUCACACAGGGCGGUCUGUAUGUGUUCAAGCUAUUUGACUACUAUUCAGCUAGUGGGAUGUGCCUGCUCUUCCUGGUCUUCUUUGAGUGUGUUUCAAUUUCAUGGUUCUAUGGUGUGAACAAAUUCUAUGACAACAUUGAGGAAAUGAUUGGCUACAGGCCCUGUCUGUGGUGGAAGGCCUGCUGGGUCGUUUUCACUCCCCUCAUUGUGGCUGGAGUGUUCUUGUUCAGUGCAGUGCAGAUGGUUCCCCUCACCAUGGGAGACUAUGUGUUCCCAGCCUGGGGCCAAGGGGUCGGCUGGUGCAUGGCCCUCUCCUCCAUGAUGCUCAUCCCUGGCUACAUGGGCUACAUGUUCCUCACACUCAAAGGCACAUACAAAGAGCGUCUGCGGCUGAUGAUCAAGCCUGUGAUGCUGGUGAAGGCUCAGGAAAAUGGCCCGGACCAGCAGACAGAAAACCAGAAUCAGAACCCUGCCAACGAGGAAGCCUACAUCUAG